UAUUUUUUUCGAAUGAUAAGGCAGAAAAGAGGUGUGCUUAAAAGCCAGAUAGAUUUGUACUUCAAAUCGCAUUCACAUCUGUGCAAACGCAUGAGACAAGUAUUACCGGUCGGUGUGACAAAUCUUCCGGAAUUAUGGGAUCUGUGAAGUAUUUUUAUCUUUUUAUUUUUGUGUUAAUCAUUUUCAAAGAAUCCUCCGCGUCUGGCUCAAAGAGGAGACAACGGAUUUUUGACGAGGAGUACAAGUUUGAAAUAAUUGCAGACUACGAUGAGAAGGCAAUCUCAACAAACAAUCCCUAUACGUAUGAUUCAAACAUUUGGAUUGGAACAGUUCAAGUGAUCAAUGAGACAUUGCUGAAUAUUUCAUUCACGGACGAAUCCUACGACAUCGUGACACGAUACGCCCACAAUGGACGUGGAGCGGAGCUGAGUGAGCUGCUCGUCUUCAAUGGUAAAAUGUACACGUUUGAAGACAAGACAGGCAUAAUCUUUGACGUCAGCAGCAAUCGCUUGAUCCCCUGGGUUAUCCUUGGGGAUGGAGCGGGGAAUGAAACGAACGGUUUCAAGUGUGAAUGGGCCACAGUGAAAGACGAUCACAUCUACGUGGGAUCGAAUGGCUUGGAGAAUUAUCAUUCAGAUGGCCAAAUUGAGAAUCUUAAUCACUUCUGGAUAAAGAAAGUCUCCAAAAUUGGCCAAGUUUUCCAUGAAAAUUGGUUCCAUGUGUACGAAAAGAUUAGAUCAACACUUGGAAUGUCCCUACCGGGAUUUAUCGUUCACGAAGCCGUUGUUUGGUCACCGAUCAAUAGAAAAUGGAUCUUCAUCCCGCGCAAAUGUUCAUCACAACCUUUCCUAACGUCCCCCGUAGACUACAUUGGAUGCAAUAAAAUAAUCUUCGUCAGCGAAGACUUCUCCACCGUUGAUCACAUUGACAUUCAAGCAAACCCACUUCCACCUGAACGUGGCUUUUCAAGCUUCAAAUUCCUCCCAGACUCCAAUGAACAGAUGAUCGUCGCUCUCACAACAGUUGAAACCCCCGAAAAUGUGAGCACAUCAAUCAUCGCCAUGAAUCUCGAUGGGAGAAUUCUCAGCCCCGAAAGGAAAAUCAUUGAUGCAAAGUACGAAGGAUUAGCUUUCCUCAAGCACAUCGUCAACCAUUCAAAUACCCUCAAUUUUUCAUUUAAACUCAUGACAGCCAUUCUCGUGGCACAGAUUUUCUUUAGCAAAUAGACUUUAUAGUUUGUUAUUUAAUAAACUAACUACAUAAAUUA